AUGCCCUCCGCAAUGUUGUCAGCUGUGCUUGAAGAGGAGCCAGAUCUGUAUGAGGCAUUCCCUCCUCAUGUUGACCCCACAGGCAUUACUAUCCUGACGGAAAGCCCACCAGGCAAGAAGGCGCCCCUCAAGACCUUCGAGGAAGUCCAGCCGUUACUUCAGCAAGGCCGCAAGCGCGAGCUCAAGCUGCUCAUCAGAGAAAACUCCUGGCCCAUUAACAGUCCCGUGCGCGCUUCGCUCUGGCCCGCGCUGUGCCGUCAACAUCAACAUGGCAAGUCUAUGCUUGACGGAUUCUACUGGGAUAUGGUUACACAGGUGUUCGGCACAGUGGAGCUGCCGGACAAGCCGAUCAUGCUGCCGCCUUUCGUGGAGGCGACGCACUGCCUCGGCUACCACUUGACGCGCAAGGGCCGAGCGGUGGCUGACCGCGUGGUCUCUGUAUUGGGCUACGCCUGCCCCGACAUCACUUACAGUCCCAGUUUGUAUCCCAUAACUGCGGCGCUACUACAUUUUAUGCCAGAGGAGGAAUGCUAUCACUGCAUGGCGAGUCUAGUGGCGUCGAAGGAAAAGAUGUUCAUCACACAGACGAAGCUACACAAUGAGGUCACCUGGAAAACGGUCAUGCAGAUUGCCAAGAAACAUGCCAAGUCGGCCGCCCAGCACCUCUCGCGACUGUCCGCCGCGAUCGGCCCCGAGCGCAUCUACGCCGACUGGCAGUGGUGGAUUUUGGCCGCUCUGCCCUUCCCUCAUCUCGUACGAGUGCUUGAUUGUUUCUUCAACGAGGGGAUUAAGGUAUUCUACAGAAUAGCGUUAGCUAUCCUUAUUCUGUUUCAUAAACACUCCACCAACACGAAUUCCGAGUGGUACGCCGAAGCGACCAAGAAUGGCGUCGACCACGCCAUUGACAAGUUCUGCAGGAAUAUGCCAUCAUCGCCGACGAAGCUUCUCAGGACCGCUUUCAGCAUAAGGGCAUUAAGUUCACAGUACAUAUCACGGGUAUUCAUAAAGACGGAGAUGACUCUCAAGUCGAAGCAAGUGAUAACCGGGUCGCGGCUGGUCCGCUCGCGUUCCUCCGACAACUUGCCCACCAGCCAGUCGCAAGUCAACAUCCAGAUGAUGUCGCACACGCUCACCAUCCGCGAGAGAAUGUCUGAGGAAACGUGCAAACAAAUGGGCUCACAUUCGCCGGGCCCGCGCGCCCUAUCGAUGGGCGUUUACCCUAUUCAAGCGAUCAAGUCGCAGAUUCUAGACCAGAGCGAACUGUUCACGUUGUGGUCGUGGCUGCCAGUACGUAUCACGAUGUACCAACCGGUGCUUUUGUACACAACAGAAGAGCACGGCUGCUCACUUACCACGUUUUACGUGCGAGUGGAGCAUCAUGAGCCCACGUUGCUCAUGAUAAAAACGUGCAACAACGAGGUGUUCGGUGCGUACUGCUCGACGCGAUGGUUUGAGCGCAACCAGAAGGACGAGCGCGGCAACCGGCAGGCCUACUUCGGCACCGGAGAGACAUUCCUCUUCAGCCUUUACCCGGAGCGCGCGAAGUAUCCAUGGGUGGGUUGUUCUGCGGGCGCGGGCGGGGGCGGGGGCGCGGGCGCGGGGGAGGGCCGCGGCGAGGAGCAGCGCGUGGCGCACGGCUCCGAGCUCUUCAUGGCCGCCGACUCCAAGAUGAUCACCAUCGGAGGCGGUGAGGGUCAGGCGAUAUGGAUGGACGAAAACAUUAGGUUCGGCAAGACUGACCGCUGCUCUACCUUCAACAACCCGCCGUUGUGUCCAAGUGGCGACUUCGAGAUAAGAGUGCUCGAAGUGUACGGCUUCUCGGGAGCGUAG